GCGUGAACGCGCCCUAAACCGAAUUAGAAAAUCCUGGGUUAACAAAGCUGGCGGAUUCGCGGCUUCCGUCCGUCUCCGUCUCCGUGACACCGGCUCCUUCCCCACCCCCCGGUCUCCCGCGUCGCUCGUCGGCAGCGCGGCGCGCGUCGUGUCGUCCGACCGACCGCGGGUUUCACCUCGGUGUCGCGGUUCGUGCGCCACGACUCGAUCACGAAAUCUAGCGUUGAAACAUCUCGGAUAACUGCGCGCGCCCGCGCCCGCGCUCCUCCGCGAAGGGGAAAGCAAUCGCACGCCGAAACUCGGAUCAGGGGCCAUGAACACAGACGGAGAUCUCCUGAUGAGUAGGAAACACGAGAGGGCCCACUUCUUCAGCUCCAAGGAGCAGGAACUCAUUUUGAAGCUGUACGAAGAGGAGCGGGAGAUUCUGACAGCCAAGUCCAACACCACCAGCGCUUCCAAACUGAGAGAGGAGGCCUGGCAGAGAAUCGCUGACAAGAUCAAUGUGGUUUCAGACAGUGGCUACAAAAGGACAUGGCAGCAAGUCAAAGUCAAACACAAAAACAUUGUGCAAACAGCGAAAAGAAGAAGGGCCGAGCUGAUGACCAACCAGGGCGGCUCGGCGACCCUGUCUCUGACCUCCGCCGAGGAAGACCUGCUGCAGCACAAGGACAACAGGCUGCGGGUGGAGGUCCUCCCUGGGGCCGCCUGCAUCGAGCCGCUGCCCGGAUCGGACGGCUCUUUUAUCAGCGUGUCGGGCCAUCCCGUGCUCCUCCUGCCUGUGACCAAGGCCGAACCAGAGAGCUUGAGCAGUGAUGAGACAGACAUCAGUGACACACACUUCGAGGGGGACGUGCACAGCAGCAGCUUCCGAGAAAGGUCCAACUCGGCAUGCGCUACCAUCGGCAGCAGAAGUGCAGAGAGGCAGACGGAAGACAUUCGGGCCCUUUACUGCCGCUACCUGAAAAAAGAGAUGGAGAACCGUGACCAGCAGAUGGCGUACAGAGCUCUCAAAAUGAGGAAGUUGGAAAAAGAAAUCUUAUUACUCGAUAGGCAGCUGGUGUGACUGCGGGAAGAAUGUUUUUUAAUGCAAAACUAUUUUUUUGGUUUACUUAGGUCUGACUUUACCUGUAAUAUAGAGUCAUACAGUAUUUGACACUGCCCACAGGACGUCUGGGAGGGUGUGUGUGUGUGUGUGUGUGUGUGUGUGUGUGUGUGUGUGUGUGUGUGUGUGUGUGUGUGUGUGUGUGUGUGUGUGUGUGUGUGUGUGUGUGUGUGUGUGUGUGUGUGUGUGUGGAGAUUUACACGUAACAGCAAUUAUGGGCAGCAAUGUGUGUUUUGUUUUUCUGAUAAUUCUUACACUGUCAAGUUUGCAACAAUGUGACAGACCCUUUCUCAGUGUUGCAUUAUUGCACUGCACAACUCUGCACGUGCUGCGGCACGUGGGGUUGUCUGGUGGAACUCCUUCACACCUCCUUCUGUUGCCCCAAAGAUCAUUUCAAUCUCUGCAGGACCUUCUGGUCAGAGCGCAGUAGACCGUCACACUUGUGGUCGCGUUGGCUCGCUACUUGGACUGCACUGGACUGGAAACGACUGAAUAAAAACCAGGAAUGGCUUCAUUUGAUAACACUUAACACCACGUCAGACGGGUGGGUUUCCGAACUGUCGCUCUUCGGCACAAAUUCCACAGUGUUAUGAGACAGUAAGUGGACGAGUUAACAUAACGUCUGUGUAUUUAUCGAAUAUGUGGCUGCUGAUCCUUUGCACUCACUGACGGGCUGAGGUCUGUUACUGAUCGACGGCUUCCUUGCUGAGGUUCUGAUAUUCCUGUGUUGCUGUCUUCUUCAUUUAUUGCUCAGGCUUCUUUUUUUUCAUACUGUCAAAUUAUUUUUCUCAAAUUUAACACAGUUAGAUUCAAUGAAUUGACUUAUACGUGAAGACCACUGACUACUUGGCUGAAACCUUUGUGACGUGCUGCUAAUGUUAGGUUGAAAUUGGUUUGUGUCACCAGACUACGUUAUCAUGUGCAGUAGUCUGGUUUUGUUUUUCUUGUUUUUUAGAAAAAGGUCCUCUCUCCUAAAGCUGAUUUGAAUUUUUACAUCCCACCCCCAAAACCCCUCAAUCUCUUUUUGGAUUAUUCAAAACCUGCCUUUUGUCAUAUUUAAAAUCUAUUUGUAAAUGAUCAUGAUUAUUAUUUUGUAAUAUAUUUCUGGAAUUAGUGUUGUUGAUUCUGUUUAAUUUAUUCAUUACCCUGGCGUUCGACUGUGCGUGUUUAUGAUUUAUUUUGUAAGCGCCGACUACAAUACAAGAACAGUCUGAAGCGUCCAAACAA